AUGAGCCUUCCAACCGUUACCCAAGAGACUACCAGAGCGCUGAAAAAGCACAUUGACAAUGCUACACAAACGACAUCAGGCAAGUUGUCACUGCCGUCUGCUCUAGUUCAUGUAGUCGACGCCCAAAACAAUGUUCUGUUCUCUCAUGGCUCCAGUCAAUCCAAACCUCCUACGUCAGAAUCAAUAGCUAUCAUCCAAUCCCUUACAAAGAUCAUUGGUGCAAUAGCAUACAUGCAGCUUGUUGAGCAAGGUCUGGCCACCCUGGAUGACUCCGCAACCAUCAGCACCUUUCUCCCAGAACUCACUUCGAAGCAAGUCUUGACCGGCUACACCGUAGAUACCAAGACGGGGAAGAAGCAGUGGCAACUUGAAGAACAAAAGAGCAGUAUCACAGCUCGAAUGCUACUAAACCAUACGUAUGGCGGGGGCCACACUUACUUCAAUCAACUACUCUUGUCCUACGUCCGCGAUCUCGGCGAGGGAACCUGGGAAAAGGCAAACGAAGCCAACGACCCAUACGGCAUACUUCUCGCAAGCCCUCUACUCUGGCAACCAGGCACGCACACAAACUACGGACAAGGCCUAGACUGGAUUGCCGUGCUCAUCGAGCGCAUCACCAAGAAGCCGCUGGGCGACUAUCUCCAAGAAAACAUUUUCAAUCCCCUCCAGCUCAAAGAAAUCGGGUUCGAGCCAGCAUUCGGAGGCGCCGUUACAGCACUGCCGGAGAACGCGGGUAAGUUCUGGCCGAGAAACAUGAGGACUGAAAAUGGCUUGGUCGCGCUGGAUGCUGCGGAGCCAGAGGUCGUCAGGAGAUCGGAUGCGUAUCCUGAGGGGCAGCAUCACGUGGGUUGCUUGGGGACAGGGCUGGUGGCUAGUGCAAGGGACUACACGCAUCUUGUUGCUGCUUUGCUACCGCAGAACCAAGGUGUCGAUCCGAUAACUGGACAUCGUAUUCUCUCUGCCGAGUCGGUGGCGGAAAUAUCAAAGCCUCAGCUUGCAGAGCAUCUACGCAAUGAUUCUCGUAGUCUUCCUGUUUCAGGUGCUCUUCCUAUCCUACUUCCGGUUGACUUGUCUUCUCCUCAUCUGGAUCCUGAAGGUAGCUAUGGGCUGGGAUGUGGUGUCCAGGGUGCACAGAGAGUACUUAGAGAUGGGAAGAAGGGAAGAAGUAAGGGCACCGUCUACUGGUAUGGUGCGCCAAAUUGCGAUAUGUGGAUCGAUGGGGAGAAGGGUGUCGUAGUGACUGUUUGGGGGAGCUACUAUCCAUGGAACGAAGGCGCAUGGGUAGACUUUGUAGGGGAGGUAGAGGGAUUGGUUUAUGAAGGCCUAGCAUAG